AUGGAAAAGCCCGACACCAGCACUUCAUUGACAACGACUGAAUUGAGUGAAUCCACACAUGAGGACAUAACACCACCAACUACACUGAUCGAUGCUCAACGGUUCUCAUCAUUCCACAGACUUCUGAGAACCAUCAUGGUAGUUUUACAUUUCAUUACCAAACGCCGAAUUGCACUACAUCUCCACGCCACAAUAGCACGAGAAGUGUUGUACCAGACUGCUCAAACAAUGCACCUUCCAACUGAAGCUUGCUAA